UCAUCCCAAACCCAAAUUCGGCUCACCCGUGCCCGUGCCCGUGCCCGUGCGUGCUCCUCUUCCGGCCCAAAGCCCCCGCGCCGCCGAAACCCUUGUGCUGUGCGCCUCUCCAGUCCCCGGAGCACGCCUCGGAGCCCCGCUACUGGACUGGCCGCGGAUUGGAGAUCCGUCCCCGCCGCGCUUCCUUCCGCCGGAUCGAUCUCAGUCUGCCUACCCGGGGAGCAAGCUGCGUACCUCGCAAGGUGAAAGAUGGGUAUCCUCGAGAGGAUCAAGGAGAUUGAGGCCGAGAUGGCUCGGACGCAGAAGAAUAAAGCAACAGAAUAUCAUCUUGGACAGCUCAAGGCAAAAAUUGCAAAACUGAGGACACAGUUAUUGGAGCCUCCAAAGGGUGCCAGCGCAGGAGGAGAAGGUUUUGAAGUCACAAAGUUCGGCCAUGGUCGUGUUGCGCUUAUAGGGUUUCCCAGUGUUGGAAAGUCAACUCUUUUGACUAUGCUGACUGGGACACAUUCUGAGGCUGCAUCAUAUGAGUUCACAACCCUCACUUGCAUUCCUGGUAUUAUCCAUUACAAUGACACCAAAAUCCAGCUUCUUGAUCUUCCUGGUAUCAUUGAAGGAGCCUCUGAAGGCAAGGGGCGUGGAAGACAGGUUAUUGCUGUUGCCAAGUCAUCAGAUCUUGUGCUUAUGGUUUUGGAUGCCUCAAAAAGUGAAGGGCAUCGCCAAAUAUUAACUAGAGAACUGGAAGCUGUUGGCCUCCGCCUUAACAAAAGGCCUCCUCAGAUAUACUUCAAGAGGAAGAAGACUGGUGGGAUUAGUUUCAACAGCACGGCGCCUUUAACUCAUAUUGAUGAAAAACUCUGCUAUCAGAUAUUGCAUGAGUAUAAAAUUCAUAAUGCAGAGGUGUUAUUCCGUGAGGAUGCUACCGUGGAUGAUUUCAUUGAUGUCAUUGAAGGAAACCGGAAGUAUAUCAAGUGUGUUUAUGUAUACAACAAGAUUGAUGUUGUCGGUAUUGAUGAUGUGGAUAACCUUGCUAGGCAACCAAAUUCACUUGUGAUCAGUUGCAAUAUGCAGUUGAACUUGGACAGGCUAUUAGCGAGAAUGUGGGAGGAAAUGGGUCUGGUGAGAGUGUACACAAAGCCACAGGGUCAGCAGCCUGAUUUCGGAGAUCCAGUUGUUCUUUCUACCGAUAGGGGUGGUUGCACAGUUGAAGACUUCUGUAAUCAUAUCCAUAGGAGCUUGCUUAAGGAUGUGAAGUAUGUGCUUGUGUGGGGAGUCAGCGCUAGGCACUAUCCACAGCAUUGUGGUCUUAGCCAUGGUCUGCAAGAUGAGGAUGUCGUCCAGAUAGUAAAGAAGAAGGAAACGGAUGAAGGCGGGCGAGGCCGUUUCAAGUCGCACACGAAUGCACCUGAUCGGAUAUCUGACAGGGUGAAGAAAGCUCCACUGAAAACAUGAUCUGAUCAGGCUGCUAUGCCGGGGGCGUCUCCGAAUGGACCAAACAAUUUGAGGAUCAGAUGGUGAUGUGGAACUAGUUGAACCCAAUGCUACUUUUCCGCAGCCCUGUUUUGUGGCAGAAGGGCCAUAUUUGAGCACCUAACCAAUCCACCAUAUGAGAAAUGUUGCUUUUAUUCAGACAGUAGCUCGUGCUAUAUAUGAGGAGGCUUGUGUUGCCAUACGAAUGUUUUUGCCAAGAGUUACAUAUGCUACCUGUUGUUAU